AUUAUUUCUCAGUACUACGUAUCUCUCUCUUUCCAUUACUUUAUUGCCGCUUUUAAACCUGCGAUUUGCUCAUAGACCAAAAACAUAUACCUAAUGAUGUCUCCGGAGCAUCACACUCACACACCAACAAAAGAUCCACCGGAUCAUCCAUCUUCUUCCUCCAACCAUCACAAGCAACCACUUCCUUCUCAACCGCAACCGCUCAGCCGCUACGAGUCGCAAAAACGCCGCGAUUGGAACACGUUCAUCCAAUACCUUAAAUCGCAGAAUCCACCGUUGAUGAUGUCUCAGUUUGAUUACACGCACGUGCUAAGUUUCCUAAGGUACUUAGAUCAGUUCGGUAAAACCAAAGUACAUCACCAAGCUUGUGUCUUCUUCGGACAACCCGAUCCACCAGGACCGUGCACGUGUCCUCUCAAACAAGCUUGGGGAAGCUUAGACGCUUUGAUCGGACGGUUGAGAGCUGCUUAUGAGGAACACGGUGGUGGGUCACCUGAUACAAACCCCUUUGCAAACGGGUCAAUCCGGGUUCACUUGAGGGAAGUGAGAGAAUCUCAAGCCAAGGCUCGUGGGAUUCCUUACAGAAAGAAGAAGAGGAGGAAGACCAUAAACGACGCCGUAGUGGUCAAGAAAGAUGUUGCAAACUCUUCAUCGACUCAUAAUCAGUCGUCCACUUGAUACUUUAUCAUAUUUAAAUAUUUCCACUAUAUAUAGGUAAUCAAUAUAUAAAUUCUCUUUCUUAUUUAAUUUAAAAUUUCAUAGGCUAUUUGAGUUGGAAUUAUUCCCUCUGAAUAAUUAGACCACAAAACUCAAAAUGUAUCGGUUUAAUAAUUGUGAUGGAUUCCAUCAAUUUUUCCUGA